AUGAAAAAAGUAGGAAAAGGAAAACAGAUUUUACUUUUCAUAAUCAUACAAAAUAUAUUUAUUUACUGUCAAUCUUUUAGUUUUACUUCAAAUACUCUAACCUCAACUAGCUUUAGUACUGAUAAAAUCAUUAGUGCUACAUAUAAAAGCGCAGGAGUAGUAGCUACUUGCUAAUAAAAUAUGUCUGGAAUCAAUGCACUAACUUUUUCGAACACUUAUGUUGCAUCUCAAGUAAAAUCCUAUUCAAGUUCUGAAAAUUGUAUUAGUGUUUAAUUCUAUUAAUCUGCUACACAAAAUUUAAUUUUAUCGAUUUUUCAGUAAUCUGGAACAUUAUUAAAUUAUGGUUCAAAUUAAAUUAGUCUAUAUAAUACUCUUUUUUCAACUAGUAGCAAUACAUACACUUAAACUGUAUCUGUAUACAGUUCUGUAUAAAGUCAAGAAGGAAAUGUCAAUCAUUAAACCUUUAACAACUGUACAAAUUAAGUCAUAGGGCUAUGGUACAGCCAAAUAGAUUCAGUUAAUUUAGUUUUUGCUGCAUGCGGAGCUUCUACAAUUUUUAUUUAUGAUAAAAGCAUAAUUCCUACUGGUCAUUCUGUUUAAUAAACCAUUUAUUAUCCUAUAAACACAUAUGAGUUAUCAAAUAAUAUUAAUCUAAUAAAAUUUAUCAAAAUGGGAGUAGAUGCUAAUUAUACAUGUGGAGCUGUUUCUAAAUAUGGUUCAACAUAUAUAAUGUAUGUGUUUUAUUAUUCAAGUAAUGCAUUUUACCUUUAUAAAACAUUUUCUUUGAAUAAUGAUUUUGUUGAUAUUUAUGGAUUAACUAACUAUUUUAUGGUGCUUUAAUAAAAUCUUAUCACAGUGUUUAAUUUCGAUGGAAACACAUUAGGAUAAUCUUAAACUAUAUCUAAUUAAUUUACUCUUUUCUCUUUUUUGGAUGAAACAGAUUUCAUGACAGUUGAUAACUAAAAUAAUAUUUAAAUAUGGACUGUCACUUCUAGCACUACGCCUUGCCCUUAUUACUGCAAAUGUUUAUUAGGAUCUUCUAUUUGUACUUCUUGUCCAUCUAAUAGUAACAGAGCUAGUUUAGACAUAAAUAAUAAAUGUCUAUGUAAUCCUGGCUUUUAUGAUGAUGGAGUCAGUUAAAUUUGUUUAAUAUGUCAUUCUUCUUGUAAAACUUGCAAUGGACCAAAUGAUAACAAUUGUUAAUCAUGUUAAGAUGGUUAUUUUUUAGUAUCAGGCUAGUGCUAGUAAUGUGAUUAUAGUUGCUAAACAUGUUAAAAUACAAAUAACUUUUGUCUAUCAUGUAAUCAAUAUUUAGGACCUAGAACCUUAAAUGCAGCAAAUGGAACAUGUUUAUGUACAUUAAAUUAUAUAGAAAACUAAAAUAAAAUUUGUAGUUGCACUAAUGAUUAUUGUUUGACAUGCAACCCUUUAGAUGGAUUUUAAUGCUAAAGUUGUAAAAAUAAUACUUCAUGGAAUUUAACAUCUGAUAACAAAUGCGAAUGCAAAGAUCAAUUUUACUUUGAUUCAAGUUCAAAUGAUUGUCAAAAUUGUAAUUUUCCUUGUAUAAAAUGCUAAAAUUCAAGUACAAGCUGUACAUCUUGUAAAAACACAGCUACAUGGUAGCUAUUAAAUAAUACAUGCUCUUGUAAAGAAGGAUAUUAUUUAGACUCAAGUUCUUAAGAAUGCUAAGUUUGUCCUUCUCUUUGUUCUAAAUGUGACAGUAGUACUUAAUGUACAUCUUGUAAAAAUUCUUCAUCAAUGCAAUUAAUUAAUCAAAUUUGUGAAUGUAAAGAUGGAUAUUAUUUAGAUAUUUCUUCAAAUGAUUGUAAAUCUUGUAAUUUUCCUUGUUUAAAAUGCCAAAAUUCUAGUUCAUAUUGUACAUCUUGUAAAAACACUACUGAAUGGCAACUAGUUAAUAAUUCAUGCUCUUGUAAAGCAGGAUAUUAUUUAGACUCAAGCUCUUAAGAAUGCUAAGCUUGUCCUUCUCUUUGUUCUGAAUGUAACAGUAGUACUUAAUGCACUUCUUGUAAAAAUUCUUCAUCAAUGUAAUUAAUUAAUCAAAUUUGUGAAUGUAAAGAUGGAUACUAUUUUGAUAUUUCUUCAAAUGAUUGCUUACCUUGCCCUCCUCUUUGCUCAGCAUGCACUAGCAGUAACUUUUGUACUUCUUGCAAAAAUUCUACAUCUAUGCAGAUUUUUAAUAAUAUGUGCGAAUGCUCAAGCGGAUUUCAUUUAAGUUAAGAUUAAAGAAACUGUAAAAAUUGCUCUAAUAUUUGUUAAACAUGUAGUAAUGAUCCUAAUUAUUGUUUGUCGUGUAGGGAUUCACCAGGAUUGAGUUUAGAUAAAAGUAAAAAUACUUGUUAUUGUACUGAUGGAUACUAUUUUGAUAUAACUAAUUAAAUGUGUUAGCAAUGCUCAUCUAAUUGUAAAACUUGUAAAGAUUAUAGCAGCUACUGCUUAUCUUGCUAUACUUCAUAUUACUUAGCAAAUAAUUAAUGCUCCAAAGAAACCCUUCCUACAAAUAUAUCUUAAAAAACAAUAGAAACUUUAAAAUAAACAACUUAAUCUGCUACAUAUAUUUCAAUUGGCUCUUCAACAGCAAGUUCACUAAUUUUUUCCAUAGCUUCUCCUAAUGGUGGAGCGGUUUAGUAGUUUAUGUCAGUGCAAAAGCUUUAUUUUUUAUUAUUUUUAGACAUUGUGUAUCCACAACUAAUUUAUACCUUUUUCAAGACUCUGAGUGGAACUAGUCCUCUAAUUUUAUUCAAAAAAAUAAAUUUAUUUUCUUAUUUUAUUUAAGAAGAUCAAAAUUAAAUUAUAAACUAAACGACGAAUGGUAUAGCCUUUACAGAAUAGUAAUAUAAAAAUAAUAGAUUACUGUAAUUUCAAGAUUAUAUACCUAACAAAUUUUAAGCUGAAAAAGUAACUAGUAGUGUUGUUCAAAAUGGUGGAGGACCAAUUAUUUCUAUUUUAGCAAUAUGGAUUUUAGUUUUGCCAAUACUUUUAAUAAGCUUUUUCAGAAAAGAGAACUAAUAUGGCAAUCUUUUGAAAAGUAGUUCUAAAGAAUCUUCAUUUUACACCUAGAUUGUAACAACUAAAGAGAGGAUUUAUUACUAUUAUAAAACAAUUAUAAGUAUUUUGACAGUUAUGCUCCAUGAGACAAUCAAUAUAGUUUUGUCUUUCUCAAUAAUUCUUCAGAUUAUCUUUCUACUUAACCUAUAAAAUAAUUAAUUCUAAGAAAAAUAGAUUGAAUUUUGCUUAAGAAAUAAAUACAAAUGA